UGGCUUCAAAUGGAGAUCUCGGUCAUGCUCAUGCUGCGACAUCGAACAAAGAUAAAAUUAAAAUCGCAGAUGAUUUGAAUAAAACGGUAAAAAACAACAACAAUAAUCAUUUUGGCCCAUUUCUUAGCAAUGCUAGAAAUUUUUCGGAAGGAGAUGUAUCGAUUGUCGGCCUUAAACGUCGUGUUGGAUUUAUUAGUGGAACAGCUCUUAUUGUGGGCACAAUGAUUGGAAGCGGUAUAUUUGUAUCGCCGAAAGGAGUACUUGAACGAUCAGGUUCAGUUGGAAUGAGUCUAAUCGUAUGGAUUGGUUCUGGUCUAAUUUCUUUGCUUGGAGCUCUUUGUUAUGCCGAACUUGGAACAUUAAUCACAAAAUCCGGUGCUGAAUAUUCAUACAUUCUCGAAUCGUUCGGUGGUCUAUUAGCAUUUUUGUUCUCUUGGAUAUCAGUGUUUGUUUUGAAACCAGCCAUGUUGUCAAUCAUUUGUUUGACCCUUAGCGAAUAUAUUGUUCAGCCUUUUUUUCUAGAAUGUCAGCCAAAUAACUUUGCUAUCAAAUUGAUAGCAAUAUUUUUUAUUGUGACCAUAACAUAUGUAAAUUGUUAUAGCGUUAAUUUGGCCACAAGCACUCAGAAUAUAUUCACUGCUGCCAAAUUAUUAGCUAUCAUUAUCAUUAUUUGCGGUGGAAUCGUGCAUAUAUUCCAAGGGCAUACUGAAUACAUUUCCAAAGGUUUUGAAGGCUCAAAAUUUGCUAUUUCAGACAUUGCUACCGCAUUUUACAGCGGACUUUGGGCAUAUGAUGGAUGGAAUAACCUCAAUUAUGUUACUGAAGAAUUAAUCAAUCCAUACCGCAAUUUACCAUUGGCAAUCAUUUGUGGAAUACCUAUUGUAACCUUAUGUUAUGUGUUAGUUAACAUAUCUUACAUGAGUGUUAUGAGUACUGAGGAAAUCCUGAUGUCGGAUGCAGUUGCGGUGACAUGGGGAAAUCAGAUUCUCGGAUUUGCAGCAAUCAUUAUACCGAUUUCGGUAGCGCUAUCUUCAUUUGGUGCCGGAAAUGGUUCUUGUUUUACUAGUGGAAGACUAGCAUUUGCAGCGGCACGUGAAGGACAUUUAAUUGAUGUCCUAUCAUAUAUCGAUAUGAAACGAUACACUCCAUCACCAGCUUUGGUUUUCAACGCAUUUCUUUCUAUUCUUUUGAUCCUGCCUAGCAAUAUUGAGAGUUUAAUAGAUUUUUUCAGCUUUACAGCUUGGUUAUUUUAUGGUGCAACUAUGUUAGCUUUAAUCAUUCUUCGUUAUAAAUCUCCAUACAAAGAUAAAUUUCGUCCGUAUAAGGUGCACUUAUCAUUGCCAAUAAUUGUUUUCCUGAUAUCGAUUUAUUUAGUAAUUGGGCCAAUCAUAGAAAAUCCACAAAUAGAAUAUCUAUAUGCAACGCUAUAUAUCGUUUCAGGACUGUUAGUUUAUGUUCCAUUUGUUAAAUAUAAAAUCAAAUGUCAUCGUUUACUUAAUAUCAUAACAUGGACUACUCAGCUAAUUUUCAAAGCUGUUCCAUGUGAAUAUGUUCCAGAAAGUUCACCCGAAGAAGAAGAAUUACAAGAAUCAAAUCAACAAGAAGAAUGACUACGCAAUUAUCACAACAUAAGAUGAUCAAUUAUUUUUCAAACAAAA